UGUGUCUCGAGAUUAAGAAUCUGAUGUCAUCUAAAGCCUUUUUAUCCAGACAACAGUAGUGAACUUGAUAGGUGAACAGCUGAUUGCUCUAAGUUUCAGGCUUCUGGAAGUCCUGAACCAACCUUAUUUAUGUUUCCUGGUUUUGUUCAACUCUUCAGCCUCUGGAAACUACUGUCUUCUGAGACAUAUGACAACAAAGAUCCUGUUUAACCAUUGAAGCCUGGAGCAUCAGUACCUGCCUCUUAAAGGAAGAAAACUGAAGAUUAAGUCGUAUUCCCUUCAAGAAACCACUCGUUGUUACCAGAAUAAUUCUUCUCCAUCAGGUGCAUGGAUGAGCCUCCGUCUUCAAAACCUCUCCAAACUUAAUAGUUUCAGUAUCAGGGUUGCAACAAACAAAUUUCUCCAGCUCUCAGGAAGACGCUACUCCAUCUCUAAAGACAGCAACAGAGCUUCAACAUGGUGGCUGGUGGAAGACAGAUCCUGGGUAUGGCUCUGGCCAUAAUCGGCUUUCUUGGAGUCAUCAUCAUCUGUGGCCUCCCCACUUGGAAAGUCACGGCCUUCAUCGGUGCCAACAUCGUCACCUCUCAAGUCAUUUGGGAGGGUUUGUGGAUGAACUGCGUGACUCAGAGCACAGGCCAGAUGCAGUGCAAGAUUUAUGAUUCCCUUCUGGCCUUGCCUCAAGACCUGCAGGCCGCCAGAGCACUUGUUAUCAUGGCCAUCAUUGUUGCAGUCAUUGGUAUCAUACUGGGCGUGGUGGGAGGCAAGUGCACCAACUUCAUAGAGGGGGAAGUUCAAAAGAGCAGAGUGGCCAUCACCGCAGGAAUCAUCUUUAUCAUUGCGGGUCUCUUGGUCCUCAUUCCCGUCUGCUGGACUGCCAACACAAUCAUUCAGGAUUUCUACAACCCAACCCUGAUCGAGGCUCAGAAGAGGGAGCUUGGGGCCUCCCUCUACAUUGGCUGGGGCACUGCUGCACUGCUCUUCAUCGGCGGUGGGCUCCUCUGCUGCUCCCGUCCCCCCCGUAACGACUACGACGUUGGGUACUCCAAGGCUCGCUCUGUGGACAGCAGCAAGGCCUACGUUUAGAUUUAAAGAACUGUGUCGGGUAGAGAGGAGACAAAAUAAGAUUUCAUGAAAAAUCUUAUAUUUGUUGAAGAUGUGGAGAAACAGAGAGAGACUUUGGCAGGGACAAUGAAUUAAAUAUCUGUUGUAGUCUUUAAAGAUUCAUACUGUGAUAAUCAUUUAUAUUUUGAAAUGAGCAGCAAUUUGAUUCUCUAUUUGUAAACACAUACAAAUACAUAAAUAUAGAUAUUUUUCAUAUAAAAAAACAUUAUAGCUUCCUUUUUUUGGUAUUGUAUCCUCAUUGAUUAUAACUCAGAACAUGUCUACAGGGUAAUCUCUACUUAUGUAAUCGCUGAUCUGGAUUUUUAGCUAUUAUAUCUUUCUAAAUGUAUUGCACAUUGAGGAUUCUUUUUUUUUUGUUUUGUUUCUUUUUUAGUUACUCUGUAUGAUUAACUAAUGAUGAAGUUAAAGUCAACUGUUACGGCUGUCGUUUUUCUUUCUAUUACACCAACAAGAGGGGCCGAGGAAAAAAAGUUCAGUAGAUCUGGUUUGUUGAUGGAAUCUUCUCAAACAAGUUCUGAGACAAUGUUUGCUGCCUGCUAAAGAAACACGGCCAAGUAUAAACAAGAGUGAAAGACUACGCUGUUCCCAUGGAUAACUCUUUUCUUGUAGUUUAUCAAGAUGGUCUGUGGAAAACUGUCAAAUUAAAAAGGAAAACAAAACAUAUUUGAAAUAAAAAUAUGACCAUAAAAAUUUA